AUGGAGAAAGCCCUGUGUGAAUACUCGAACUGCUUACUGCUCUUACCUCCCAGUAACAUUGCAAUGAGACGGGAUGUCCAGGAGGGCCAGGCUCGGUGUCUGUCUCGCCUCGGAAGGCACAAGGAGGCUCUGGAUAUUGCAGAGAAAAUGAGAAGCGGCGCUACUAACACAGAUCACUUAACGACGGUUCUCAACCUGCAGUUUGCCAUUUACCAGGGUCUGGAAGACGUAGGGAGAAAGGUGGUGUGUCUGCAGCAACUGAUCUGCUUACAUCCUUUCAACCCUUGGUACUGGAAGUUACUUGCUGAAGCUUACAUGAGCCUUUUACAGAGUGUGUCUCCGUCAGUCGUUCGGGAAACAAACCUGAAUCAGUCCGAGGAGGUUAGUGUUAGUGACAGUAGUUUCAAAACAUCAGCUGGAAGAGAGAGUGAUUUGCAGCCUCACAGAUGGGACGGGCAGAAAGAAGGCCCUGGGUCCAGCCUUGCUGCAGAGACAGAGAGGCAGAACGCUGUGACUUGUAGGAGCAGCCCAGCUGGAACAGAAUUCCUCCGCACUUCGGAAGAACCGGAAAGGACGGGUGAAGGGAAGCGUACAGCCUCCGACUCCUGGGAGCAGAACAUGUCAAAGAAAGUUGGGAUAAAGGCAUGUGCCUCGUUUAUCAGAGCAAGGCUUUUACUUCAGCUUACCCAGGUGCAACAGUCGUCCUUUGCUCUGGAGAAUAACGUGAGAGCUCAAAAAGACAUCGACGACAAAGUGGCACGGCUCAGUUUCAGUGACAGCUCCUUGCUGUGGAUGACCAAGGUUAUGGGGCAGGAUCUGAUACCAGAAAAGCUAAAAGAGGAAUCGCAGGGUGAGGUGAAGUGCAUAGGCGCGUCAGCGCUGUCGUCAUUGGUAGCUGCAGCAGCUGGAGAAUUUGAAAUCAAAUGGUUCGGUGAUCUCCAAGAUGAUUUAUGCUGCUGGGACAGAGAGUUCUAUUCAGAUCUACAUCUCCCACCUGUAACUUAA